AUGUCAAAAGAUAAACGGAGCCGUGAUAUGGUCCACGCGAUAGACAAGGACGUUCGUUCGGGUAAAAGAGAAAUGAAUCGAAGUCAAAUGGAACUUCAAAGGCAGGAAAAGUCACUCAUAUCAGAGAUCAAAAAAUAUGCUCAUCAAGGAGACAAGGCAAUGUGCGCUCGAUUGGCGCAGCAACUGAUCUCUGUUCGUAAACACAUGGCUCAAAACACACAAAUGUCGGUGCAAAUGUCACAGGUCGGUUGUCAAGCGCGAAUGUGUGCAGCACAACAACGUCUAGUCAAUAUAAGCGCGAAUACUAGCAAAACCUUGGCAGCGGUGAAUAAAGUGAGUACGCUUAUGCAGAAUGCCCUUUUCCUGAUGUAUCUGUAG